ACAAGAAUUGUCAAAUGUGCGUUUUAUAUUAUGCCGUCUCCAUGUCUGGUGGAGAUGAUGCAUCCCGCUGGGUCGAAAUUGGGAUAACUUAGAGGCGCUGCUCGUUGGCAUUGCGCUGACUUUUUUUCCCCUUAUUUCCUUUUGAGACCUUCGACCUCUCCUCUCUCUUUCUCCACCUCGAUUAAAGAAACAGAAAGUACUCAUGGGCACCAUGAACGAUCCUUUCGCACAUGCAGCGCCAUCCAACAGCUCAACCACAGCACCACCUUCAGCAGAACGAAGCCAGCCUAACAAUGCACCCCCUGCUGCAUCCAAGUGGAUUCGAGACGACGACGUUGAUAGUGAAGCUGACCAAGUUGGUUUGGUGGCUCACAAUCGCGGCUAUAAACUGAACAAUUGGGCUUCUGCCGAUUCACAGUUAGGUGGAAACAAGUUACGGGCACCGCGUACUUUGGCGAACGAAGAGGAGUUUCUGUUGGGUGACAAAAAACGGACGGUAGUGAAACGUCGUCGACGAGAACUGGAUGAAGAGCUGUCUGAUGCUGAAGAGGACGAUCCUUAUCGAAAAAUUAACAUUGAAGAAAUCCUAAGCCCAAUUGAAUACGCCACGGACAUCGUUCGACGACCGGCUUUAAAGCGGAUCAUUAAAUCUCCGCAAAUUGAAGAGCUCGGCAACACAGCAAUGGAAUUCAUUGAAGGCGAGAAGAACUUUUGCAAAAUCCUUUCCCGGUUAUCAGCCAUUCUUCACCACGACGAUCCUCAAUAUCUCGAUCUGGAUUAUGAAAGGACGCCGGAACAACGAAAAGCAGCAGCAGCAGCAGCGGCAGCAGCGGCAGCGGCAGCAGACAACAGUGCAGAUGAUACUGCCGCGACAAAUGCAACCGGAGAAAGCGAAAAAGAACAAAACGGAUCUCCAUCGGACGAGAAAACCACCACGCAAGACAAAUCUAUAGAUAAUACAGAUGCAGCAAUCAGACCCAAAGUAGAAGAAGACAAAGAUGAGGAUAUGACUGAAGCUGGCCCAGACACAGAAGCACUGGAAGUUGUACGGAACGUACGCGAGUUACUACUGGAAAACAUCAAUUUCAGCAAUGAGUAUCUUUGGCGGUUACAAGGAGCUCGCAGCAAACUUGUAAAAGCAAACAUGCAAAAGGAAGCUUUGUGGCAGCAACUUAAAACUAAUGCUAAAGGUUCUUCAAAACGUUUGGUGCGCCACGCAUGAAAUGUGUAACUUUGUCUAUUUCUCUUUUACUCAUUCUUAUUGUGUAUUUUUCUCUUUCUGUCUCCAGAAGAAGAAAAAGGAGCUGAAUAUCCGACCGCGACCGUCGACGAUGCUUCGUAAUAUAUCUCUUAGUAAAGUACAUAAAAUGAUACAUAAAAUCAGGCGUUUUCAC